GUGCUGGAUACUUAAGGUAAAUCUGCAUAGAAGCACAAGCCACGGUUAUUGAACUGGCCAGCGAAUAUAAAUUCCCGACUUAUCAGGACUUGUCCGCGACUCGAGAAGCUCCGAGGCGCCCAGACUUUAUCGCCGCUGAGCCUCGGCAACUCUGAUGCGUGGGGCGGGCUCGAUCGUCAAUUCAUUAGACCAGGAGCGUCAUCUUCGAUCACAACAGAUUUCAACUGUUUCGGCUUUCAGGGGCUUUGGUUUUUCUUUCUCUCACACUGGGUGGUAAUAGUUACUGCGACUUCGGGAUUUUGAAGCAUAAGCAGGCCUAGACGCUUACACCAUCCCCUGGUGGUUCUUAUCUAUCAUGGCUAAGAGAGUGACACUCUUCGAACCGCCGCCAUUGGAUCCCUCCAAGGCUCCGAUUGAAAAUGUCCUCGAGCUAACUCCUGUAUUAGAUAUUGGUCCGGAUGUCUUCACGAAUACUCGCCCACUGUGGCAUCCACCUGGUGCGCGCGGAAUCUACGGCGGUGCCGCUAUCGCGCAAUCCCUGGCAGCUGCGCAGCGAACCGUUCCUGACAAUUUCUUUGCCCAUAGCAUGCACUGCUACUUUGUCCUAGCCGGAGACUCGGAGAUCCCAAUUCUAUACCAUGUCGAGCGCGUGCGUGACGGAAAGAGUUUCGCGACGAGAACAGUUCAAGCGAGGCAGCGAGGACGGCCAAUCUUCACGACUACUCUAAGUUUCAGCCGGGAGGGCAGUGGCGGAAAGAAGAAGAUCGAGCAUGCAGUGCCGAUGCCAGACGUACAGCUACCACCGCCGGAGGAUAAUCCUUUCUUGGAUAAGUUGAGCAACACUCGCGAAGGUGGACCAUUUGAAUCGAGAAGAGCAGGAAUUGUGAACAGGGCCUCUCCCCAUCCCACGGACAAGCGCAUACGCCAAUUUAACCGCUGUCGCGGCGAGAUUUCUGCCGAAGGUGGUCAUCAAGCCCACCUCUCUGCUCUCGCCUAUAUCACCGACAGCUACUUCAUCGGAACUGUCGCACGCGUGCACGAUAUCCCGCGAUUCUCCUCUCCUGCGGCCCUCCAGCGCGCCCUCAAAGCUCUGAAGAACCCAUCCGAUUUAGAUGACGAUACGAUCUCCAGUUACUUAAAGGAUCUUGCGGACGAGGAAACCGCUGAGCUACGAUCCCGACUGGAAGGUGCGCUGACCAGAGCCCAGAACGUAAACAAAGAAGUGGGGAUGAUGGUCAGUCUGGACCAUACCAUCUAUUUCCAUAAUCCGCAGGCAUUCCGCGCGGAUGAAUGGAUGCUCAAUGAGAUGGAUAGUCCGUGGUCCGGGGAAGGAAGAGGACUGGUGACGCAAAAGAUCUGGUCGAAGGACGGAGUGUUGAUCGCGACGUGCAUUCAGGAGGGUCUUGUACGAUUAAAGCAGGACGAUUCGGACAAGACCAGGACAUCAAAACUAUGAACCUCUUUCUGUUCCUCAUUCAAUCUGAGGCAUUAUAUACCCGUACUUAGUUCUCGUCGCUCAUUGUUCUGUUCCCUUUCGAUCAUUUGUAUCUAUAAGUCUACGCAUGGUGUCAUUUACGUCUUCAACCCCCAUUAUAGAAUCUUUUCCAUUGUUUUUAAAACUUCGAGGGUUU